AUGCGCAUCCCAAACAAGCGCGCCACGCGCAUCCAGAACGACACCGGGCACCGCGUGCGCGGCGUGUGCGGCCUUUGUGGCCUCACGCGGUGCGCAGGCGAUCCGCACACGUGCGCGGACUGCACGACGGGCAGAGGGGCGCCCAGUGAGAGUGGUGGUGGAGCAGACGGCGAGACAAGAUUUGCCAGGCACCGGCAGGGCAGAUGCUGCAGCGUCGAAUGGAUGGACAAAGUCAUGGAGGACAAGGCGACAGAGGUGCUUUUCAGUGGUGUGGAGCGCACUGAGAAGGAAGGUGAUGUCGUUUAUCUCUUCUUUCCUUCCAUGGACAUCGGCCCCUUCACUUCACAGGUGCGCAUGACCUGCAAGAUCCGGCAAUCGCCUUGCCGAGCAGAAAUCCAGGUUCUUGGCAUCAACCCUGGCCUUUUGAACAAUGACACGGGCGUCAUCGAGUACCAGAAGGAUUUCGAAGAGCUGUUGGAAGCAAAAACAGAGAUCGUACUACGAUGGCAAGGAGAUUCAUCCGGUCUGCGCCUUCAUCAGCAGGCACUUCAGCGCUUCAAGUACUACAUGCCGAAUUGGUUUCCAGUCCCUGAUGCCGUGACUGAAGCUGUGAUGAGGACCUUUAUUGGAGAAGCCAUCCGUGGCGGCCAUGAGGAGGUGGCGCUGCUUGCAGCAGGCUUUGGCCGGCGCACGGCCUAUGGCUUGCAGGGUUCUGCUCUACAAGCUGAGCGAUUUCUUUUCUUCUUCCUGGGGUCUUCCUGGGCGCUGGUUCUUUCCAUCAUAGUGCUCAUUUGCCUGCCGGAGAAGGACCCUUUUACCUUCUCAAAGAACUACUUUCUCACCAGCUUUCCUGUGUUCCGCGUUUGUUUGAGCGCCGUCCUGGUAAUUCUGGGCAUGGCAGCUGUCGCGCGGGUUUGCGAGGACAACUUCAUCAAUCAUUUUUUUAUCCUGGGCAUCGACCCGCGAUGCCGCGUGAGCCCAAACUAUUUGUUCACCUGGGCGAUGUUGCUGAGCUCCGCCUGGAUAUUGAUCUUUGCCAUGUACGUCGUGGACUACAAGUGGAUGGUCAUCCUGGUUUGGUCAUCAUCCACGCACUUGGAGCGCACUUCUUGGCAUUACGUUCUAUACCCAGUUGCACUCUUAGGAAUUACCAUCACGUUGCUUUUGCGGCCCUCUUCGAUCUGCAGAAUCAGGUACAAGAUGCAGCUCCUGGGGGGCCUGGGCCGCACCUGCCUGGCUCCCUUCUACGCGGUGCACUUUGGAGACAACAUGAUUGGUGAUGUGCUCACCAGCCUGGCUCGACCACUGCGGGACGUGCCAGCGGCCAUCUGCUACCUGAGUUCGCACCACCCACAGACCCCGGACUCCAUUGAGCGGUUCCUAAAGCAGAGCAACACCUGCCCCACCUGGGAGCAUAUGGUGUUGUCGCCGAUUAUUGCGGGCUUGCCUUCGUUCUUUCGCCUACUCCAAUGUGCCAGGCGAUACUAUGAUACUCGCCAAAGACGCCACUUGCUAAACAUGGGCAAGUAUGCCGCGAGCUUGCUGGUGGUCGCUGUGAGCCGCUUAGCUUACCCCACCUGGGUGGUGAUUGUGGUGUCGGCAUUUGCUACGUUCUACGCAGCCUGGUGGGAUGUCCGCAUGGACUGGGGCCUCGGCUGUCAGGAGCUGAGCCUCUUUGGGCGUGCGGCUCGCAGUGGUUCGCAGCUGCGGCUUAGCCCCAGCGAGUGCGACCUUCAGGAGCCCCCGUCUCCCGGGACCACCUACCUGGGGCGCUCUACACACGCCUCUCCAUCCAAGAACUAUCACCGGCACUUUGCUCCCAGGACCUACUGCAUUGCGGUGCUGGGGGACGUUACCUUGCGCCUCACCUGGGUUAUAACGCUUAUGCCCAUCACGCUCCUCGGGACAGAUGUGGUUGUUCGAGAGGUCCUCCACAUGUUCAUGACGGUGGCCGAAAUCUUUCGACGAACCUUUUGGGCCAUUCUCCGCAUUGAGUACGAGCAGGUGGCCAAUGCUAGCGGAUAUCGAGCGCUGCUGUGGGUACCAAUGAAGGUUGGCCAACGUGCCGAUCAGAGAGGGCGAAUCUCACGAGACCUGAUCGUUUAA